AUUUCCCUCUUAUUUAUUAAUCUUGUCAGCAUUUUUAUUUCGCUAUGUUUAUUUUAAAGCAUGUAUACAUACCUUGUUUUGAAACUGCAGUUUUUCGUUUGGUUUAAAUAGAAAUACCAAAAAUUUAUUGAAAAAUUAACACGGCUUAGGAUGAAGCUAGCCGCAUUUCGCUAAAAAUAAACACCGGUCGAAGUAAAAUCUAGGAUCGUUUCAUAUUAUGUAACAGAAAAAUAAUAAAUAAUGGAAGUAGGAACUUGGAAAAAAAUUGCCGAUUUGGGGUCAGGAGCUUUUGGUAUCGUAUCAUUAUGGUUAGAUACGACGAAGGAAGAUUACGCUGCUAUAAAAAUGUGCAAAUUUAAAACGAAAUCUAACUUAACACCAAGACAAAUUGAGCGAUGGAGAAACGAAGUAGAUAUUUUGAGAAUUAUCAACCAUCCGAAUAUAAUUAAAUUCAAGAAAAUUCCUCAAGAAUUACAAGAUUAUUUGAUGCAAUAUUGUUGUAAUGACAUGCCUUUACUGCCAAUGGAGUAUUGUCGGAAAGGAAAUUUACGUCGUAUUUUACUAAAACCCGAAAAUUUAUCUGGAUUACCAGAAGAACAAGUUCGAGAUAUUCUUGAAGAUAUAUCCAGUGGUCUCCAGCAUCUACAUAAUCUCAAGAUCACACAUCGAGAUAUUAAACCAGAAAAUAUUGUUUUAGAACAUUCGGAACAAAGGGAAACAAAAACAGUUUAUAAAAUUAUAGAUCUUGGUUACGCGAAAGAAUUAGGAAACGAAACAGUAAGUUUUGUUGGAACUUUACAUUAUUUAGCACCCGAGAUUUUCGAAGGUAGAAAUUAUAAUAAUAGUGUUGAUUAUUGGUCAAUGGGUAUUCUUACAUUUGAAGUGAUAUGCGGUGUAUUACCAUUUUUACCUCAUAUGACACCUUUCGAAAGAUUUAUUAAAAUUAAACAAAAAAGUCCUGAAGACAUAUGUAUUUAUAACAGUUAUUCAGGACAAAUAACUUAUUCCUCUGAAAUGAAAAAGGAAAAUUUCAUUUCUACAUGUUUGAAACAACAUAUAGAAAUUUGGCUUAAACGAGUUCUUACUUAUGAUCAAGAAAUUCGAUCUCAAAACUUUCCUAACGACACUAAACCAUUUGAUAACCUACAGGAAAUUCUAAAGAAAAAAAUAAUCAACGUAUUUUCAGUAUCAAAACUAGAGUAUUAUUCAUAUGAAAUAACCGAAAGUACUUUAGUAGGCACCCUUAAAGAUUGGAUAUCGAGAGAUAUUAAAAUCCCUACGACUGAAUUUUUAUUAAUAAUAUCCGAAAAUUCUAAUACUAAAGAUUCAGAUCAAUUAUUCAAUUUUGUAAAUAAUAAUUUUAUUUAUGUAACACGCAAGUAUUUUCUUCCUGAAAAGGUGAUUUAUAACUAUCCCAAAUUGAUAAAAGAAGUAAUGAAAUCAGCAGCGCAAUUCAAUAAAAUACAUUUAAAAGCUUUGAGGGUACAAUUUAUAUUCUUCGUAACCCAGGAAAAGCAAAUAGCAUCCCAUUUCAAUGCGAGCUUUCCUUUGUACCUCAAUUUUUUAAAUCAAACUCUAACCAAAGUUAAGAAUUUGAAAAAUGGUGCUUUAUCUAAUAUCAAACAUUUAGUAACGAAAAUCGAUUGUUACAAUAAAAUUAAAACUAAUAUCGAUAAUAUAAAUCUACGAAAUAAUGAGGAAUAUAAAAACAGUAUAAAUUGCGCUCUAAGACUGAUAAGUGCCAUAGAACGAAGUAUAAAUAAAUACAUUGAGUUAAAUAAAAAAAUAAAACUUGUGUGUAAAAAAUUAGAAAUUUUAUCAAAAAUAACACCGGAAAUUAUAGAAAUAGUUAGGAGUUAUGAUUUGGAUGCACUACAUUCACAAGCUUUAAGUUUAAUCGAAAAAACUGAUACUAAUAAAUCAGCAUUUAUUUCUGGUAUCACAAAAUCAAUAUCGGCUGUUCUUAAAUUGAAAACUGAUGUUUUCAAAAAUGAGAAGUUGAAAUCGUUUUGCAAUCUGAUUGGUAAAAUUAUGAUCUAUAGUUUUAAUCUAGUAGAGUGGAUUCAGAAUUACAACCGACAUAAUGAAGAGUUACUUAAAUGUUUCGAACAAAACAAGACUGAUCAUUUGCAAAUUCUUUUCGAAGCUGCACGAAAACCUAAAGAAAGUGAUGAAAGUGUUUGUGAUAAAGUUUCAUUAAGUGACAGUUUGAAUCAAGAGUUGAUAAGUUUGCCAUUGGAGUAUUUGUUCAAACAGAAUCAAGAACUAAGGUAUAAUUUUGAAAAUGCGUUGUCUUCAGGUAUAUCUUUACAUAAAAAAUAUACAAACGAUUGUUUGAGAUUAUUGUAAUUAUUAUGGUGAUUUUCUGUGAUUUCAUUCGAACUUUGCAGAAUUAAAUAAUAUAAAAAGGAAGAUUUGUUACAAAUAUUUGUUUAUAAUAUAAAAUGAGAGGCAUAAUAAACUUUUAUAUUUAUACUUUUCUCGUUUAGAGAAUUCUGUUGAAAUCAAUGAUUAUCAAAAUAUUUUUGAUAGUGAGAAUUAAUUUGUUAUAAACUUAACAGCAAAAAAACCGGUCAUUUAGAUUUCGUCUUAUAAUUUUGUUAAAUGUAUUAAUCUUGUAAGAAUUGGUCAAUUUAUAGGUUAUUGAAACAAAAUCAAUAGUCAAUAAAGAAACGGCUUGGUUAAUAAAUUAAAGAUGUUUAAAUGUGGGAAAAACUACUUACAGUUUAAAAUAGGUCCGACAGGUAAAUCAACUUUAAGGCAAAUAAAUCAAAUCUCAGUUUUAUCUAAUUGUUUAUUAAUCCUGAAGGGAUUAGUUAGGUUAGAUUAUGGAUUUAAACCGUACAUUCUAGGUAAUAACUAGAAUGCCCACAAAAACAAAUACAUUGCUGAAAAUUAGCUUCUAAUAAGAAAAAUAUGAAGUGUCCGUUUUUUUUGCUGUAUAUAUUGUUAAUAUUAUCAUGUUACGGUAUGAAUAAAAAAAGAAUUUAAUAGCAAUGUUGUCUAAAAAGUUUUAUACUUAAUAAACAAACAAAAGAAA